AUGCAGCCCCGUCUUGAACGUCUUCAGCCCAUGCUCGGCAACCCUCUCUUCGAGAGUAUCCUCUGGGGCCAUGAAUACGACCUCUCCAAACUCAACACCGAUCUCCGCCAGAGGAUCGAGUCCGGCCAAUUCAAGCGUCUUGUCUUUUACGGCAUGGGCUGCUCCUCUGUCGUAUCUGACAUCGUCAAGGGCUUCUUCCUCAACGAGAAGAUCCCCCUUCAUGUUCAGGUCAUCAACGACUAUGAUCUCGACUGGUUCGUUGACCGCAAUGUCAUGAAGGACCCUACUACACUGUCUAUUAUUGUCUGCUACAGUGGUUGGUCCGUUGAGCCUUGUUUGUUCUUUGAGACUAUGCGUGAGAUGACGGGAAACAAGAACUUGAUUGUUCUUUCUGGUGGUGGCAAGAUUCAACAUUUGUGUGAGGAGCACAACACUUCUAUCAUCUUGUACAAGCUUCGCCAUGCGGAUCGCGAGUACCCUCUGUACCACGUCCAGCAGUUCUUCUCCAUUUUCCUGGAUCUCUUCCACAAGCUCAAGCUCACACCUUCUUCUUACCACAAAGAGCUCCAGGACUCAGUCAACUUCCUGAAGACUGAGUUCAACGAUGCUACGCUCAAGAAGGCCCAGGAUAUUGCGGAAAAGCUGAAGAACAGUCGUAUUGCACUCCUUAGUACCGCUGACUGGUACGUCACGCUUCUUAAGCAGACGACCAUGUUCUUCAAUGAGAUCGCCAUGGUUCCUACGCACCGCAACCUCCUGCACGAGUUCUCGCACACUGAAGUCGCAGCUUACUCCAACCCCUCUGAGAAGCAAGCCAUCAUCACUUUCCUUGACUCCAACGCAGAUCAGUACACCAAAGACAAGGUCAAGACUCUUGAGAGUCUGUUCGGCAGCAAGGACGUUCCGCAGAACAAGAACAUCGAGUUCAUCAACAUUGAUCUCAACCAGGAAAACUUUUUCAAGAAGUUCUUCUACGGCCACUUCUUCACGGUUUACGUGGCGUAUUACUUGGGUAUUCACUCGAAUGUGGAGGGACGAGAUUUGAUCUCGAUUGCGGCGAAGAACCCGUGGUGGAGCCAGCGCAACAUUGAGCUGCACCCCAAGUGUGUUGAUAUCCCCGCUGAGCUCAAGGGCUAG